AUGCCCUCAGUGUAUCAUGUAAAGAAUCAGAUUUUUUUACCAAAUGGAACCAACAUAGAAAAGCAUGUCGGAAUCAUUGACCUAUCAGCUCCGGAAGGGAAACAGCUCAACAUUCGCCAGAGGCUAAUAACUUGGAAAUACAACACCAAGGAGGUUCCUUAUUCUCGUUGUUCCAAAGACUGUCCUUCUGGAUAUAGAAGGCUCUUGCAAAGGGGAAAGCAUACCUGCUGCUUCGACUGCGUCCAGUGCUCAGAAGGAAAGAUCUCCAAUAAAAUAGAUGACCAGUGGCCAAAUGAGAAGAAGGACAAAUGCGUUAAGAAGCCCACUGAGUUUUUAUCAUAUGAUCGGGAUCCAGUUGCACUGGUUCUUUGUAUAAUCUCUGUUACCUCAUCUAUCAUAACCUCCGUUAUUUUAGGUAUAUUUAUUUUAUACCAGGACACUCCCAUUGUUAAAGCCAAUAACUGUAAUCUGAGUUUUGUCCUCCUGGUUUCCCUCAUCCUGAGCUUUCUCUGUGUGUUUCUGUUCCUCGGUCGUCCUGUGGAUAUAACCUGCAUGCUGCGACAAACUGCUUUUGGAAUCAUCUUCUCCAUAGCCUUGUCUUCUUUGUUGGCCAAAACUAUCAUGGUCUGCAUCGCGUUCAAAGCCACAAAACCUGGGAGUUACUGGAGAAAAUGGAUUGGAAUAAAAUUACACAACUGUGUGGUGUUUUUCUGCUCAUUUAUUCAGGUUGUCAUUUGCAUCUGCUGGUUGUCUAUUUCCCCUCCAUUCCAGGAAAUGAACACUCACUCCUCUCCUGGAAAGAUCAUUAUUCAGUGUAAUGAGGGGUCAGUGGUCGCCUUUUACGCUGUCCUGGGGUACAUGGGAUUCCUGGCCGCUGUGAGUUUCGUUGUCGCUUUCCUGGCCAGGAAAUUGCCGAACAGUUUUAAUGAAGCCAAGUUCAUCACCUUCAGCAUGCUGAUCUUCUGUAACGUCUGGAUCUCUUUUAUCCCGGCUUAUAUGAGCAUCAUGGGCAAAAACACAGUAAUCAUAGAGAUUUUAGCUAUUUUAGCUUCUAGUUUUGGGAUCGUUGGUUGUUUAUUUUUUCCUAAAUUGUACAUUAUUCUUCUAAGGCCAGAUAUGAAUUCAAAGAAACAUCUGCUAAGAUUGUAG